AUGAGUCCUGUGACCGCCCUUGACAGAAAGGAAAACUCAAACAAAAUAAAUGAGAGAAACACCGUGAGACAUCGGAAGCCGGAGAAUUCACUUGAUCCCCGCUGGUUAACUGAUGAUGACGUUAGCUUCGCCGCCUUGGCGCGUCGGGUAAUUCCCGAGACCAACUACGCGAAAUUCCCGAAGUCGCGAUCAGGUCCCCUUGCUAUCAUUUCUACAAAACCACUCCAGAGUAGUGUACGUGGCAUCCCCGAGCCUGAUCCAGUGUUCUCUGGUCCUUGGAGACGACCUGCUUACUCUCGUCACGGCUAUGUAGGCGCACGCACGAUCUGGUUCUGCUCAAAGUUCAUCCCCGAAGCGCAGGCGCGUCGCGCUAGCAUGUCAACACUGCCGAGAGCGCAAGGUGCGUUGCGAUGGAGACAGGCCAAAAUGCGGUGCCUGUCAGAGGCGGGGAAACACGGAUCACCCAUGCGAGUAUCUAGUGAUUGCGGAAACGGCCAAAUACCAGACUGA